GUGAGCCACAGAUGUGAGACUGAUUUACCCCUGAAUGACUUAUCAAAGAAACCUAGUUAUAUAUGAGAUAAAAUGAGUUUGACGGCUCAAUAGAGGUUAUAACCAGGACAUUCCCCAAGAUAGUAGUCCACGGAGGAUAUAACCGUAUUAGAUGCACUGGUGGAUCGAAUCACCAAAGAUGAUGAACGCUUCGUUAACUGUUAUUUAUGGUUGCCAUGGUACCAGGCUAGUGUCAUAACUAUCUUUGACAUUAGAUAACAAGUUACAUUCACAUAUUGGAAAUUGGAUAUUUAAGUAACUAAUUGGAAGUAAACGCAGAUGGUGACCAUUCAAAGACCAUGAUGUGAUGGGUUGUCAUUCUAGUAAAGCGGCUGGAGUUGUAAUCCAAGUUACCGAACCAACAAGAAACACAUCUUCUCAAGAGGGAGCUUCACAUUUUGUAUCAUCCCACAGAAAAGACCAUAAAAGUAGUACAAAUUUGAAGGAACAACACUUGAAAGUCGAUAUUGUCCAUGGACACCAAUUUAAACAAGGACUUCAAUCGACUGAAAAGGAUACCAAGAUCAUUAUUGAGGAAAAAAAUACUAUUGUAAAAAAAUCAGAUUUCGAGAUCAAAUGUAGUGACACUGUUGUUGAAAUUAUUGAUGAUAAACCAAAAGUUGAAGAAUUUGAACACAUAUAUGAAUCCAAGGAAGAUGAAAUCGUGAAUAUUGGGGGUAGAACAGAAGAGUUUAUAUACGUCGGAAGUCAAGAAAUUGUUAAAGUUGCAGUAACGGAGACUGACGAAAAUAUGGUGAAAUUCCAGUUCCCAAAUGUAACGGAUAAAACGUGUCUUCUUGUUGACCCACCUAAUUGUGAAGAAAGCCUGGAAUUGG